AAUUAACCAUAAUAUAUCUGUUUUUCUAUCCUGCAGACUCGUUCGGAGCGUCCGAGGACACGAGUACUUGUGGUCGGACUGGAUGGGAGCGGGAAAACCGCAUUUGUGGAGUGUCUAAGUAAGGGAAAGGAAAAGAAUGAAAUGCCGCGACCAACUGUCGGCUUCAACGUCAAGUCUGUCACCAUAGGGGACGUCAUGUUCGAUAUCUGGGAUGUUGGUGGAUCAGAAAUGUGUAGAACUUAUUGGAAGGAAUUUGUAAAAGGGAUCCAUGUAAUAGUUUGGGUGGUGGAUUCAACGGCAAGCAAGGCGAGGUUAGAAGAGAAUGCUGACGAACUGAAAAGGUUUCUGAGUUUGGAGGCCGCUAAUAACAUUCCAAUUCUGUUUAUUGCAAGUAAACAGGAUCGAGAAAAUGCCCUUCCUCCAGAUGAAGUGAUGCGACAGAUACAAGCACAAGAAAGUAUUGGUAGAAACCGGAAGUGCGCCGUUGUUGGAACCGAGGUUGUCCCAGGUGGAGGACGGAAGGGGAUAUGGGAUUCGUAUAAGCAGCUUGUUUAUUAACCUCAUAGCAUCAUAGGGAAUUGUUUUUAU